CACCACCACCACCAAACGAGAUUGGCUGGAGGAGCUCGGUUGACAUUAGUACACUCCACGCAGAUCCGGGGAGGACAUGACUGCAUUAUAGCACCGCAACAAAACUAGUGUCAACAAGACGGAGGGCCCUGCAGGAGAACCAUCAUGUCCACCGUGCUGCAGCCUUGAAAGGCAACAUGAAGCGAAAGAGCGAAGGGAGGCGAAUAGAGUCGAGGAGGAAGAGGCGCUGUGCAGCUCUGGACGCCUCAGAGGCGGAGCCAAACUCGGAUAUUUACAUUGAGAUUUCAGAUCAACUGUAUUUCGCCAUCCUUCAACAAAAGCUGAAAAGCACGACUGAGCGACAUUGUUUCUGCAUAGAUGAAGAGUUGGCAUAUGAAAACUUCUAUGCGGACUUUGGCCCUCUCAACCUGGCCAUGUUUUAUCGCUUCUGUUGCAAGCUGACAAAGAAACUCAAGUCCAUUACACUUUCAAGGAAGAAGAUUGUAUUUUAUACCUGUGGUGAUCAGAAGAAACAAGCCAAUGCUGCCUACCUCAUAGGCUCAUAUGCAGUGAUGUACCUGAAUAUGACACCAGAGGAGGCCUACAGUCUGCUGGUGUCAAGGAACUGCACUUAUAUUCCAUUCCGAGAUGCCUCGUUUGGAACCUGCAUGUACAAUCUGAACAUCCUCGACUGCCUCCGUGCUGUGCACAAGGCGCUGCAGUACGGCUGGCUGGACUUCUCCAACUUUGACGUGGAGGAAUACGAGCACUACGAGAGGGCGGAAAAUGGUGAUUUGAACUGGAUUAUUCCGGGGAAGUUCCUUGCAUUUAGUGGGCCUCAUCCCAAAAGCAAAAUAGAGAACGGCUACCCUCUGCAUGCACCCGAGGCCUACAUCCCUUAUUUUAGCAAACACAACAUCACCAGUAUUAUCCGACUCAACAAAAAGAUGUACGAUGCCCGGCGCUUCACAGACUCAGGCUUUGAACAUCAUGACCUCUUUUUUGUGGACGGGAGCACGCCCAACGACACCAUUGUCAGGAAGUUCCUCAAUAUCUGUGAAAACUCAGAAGGAGCCAUCGCUGUCCACUGCAAGGCCGGUUUGGGGCGCACUGGCACUCUGAUUGGCUGCUACAUGAUGAAGCAUUACUGCAUGACUGCGGCGGAGGUGAUUGCUUGGAUACGGAUCUGUCGCCCAGGGUCCAUCAUCGGGCCUCAGCAGAACUUUGUUGAAGAGAAGCAGAAUAGUCUGUGGGCCGAGGGAGAUGUCUUCCGGGAGAAAAUGCUCAGCGAAAGAGAGAACGGUAAACUUGCCGUGACGAGAAUCCUCUCCGGAGUGGACGACAUAACCAUUAACGGCAGCAACAAGAACAGGGCAUCCAAGAAAGGAGAGACGGAGCUGUAUGACGACAAUGAAGAGCGGAACGGGGUGACGCAGGGCGACAAACUGCGAGCCCUGAAGAGCAAGAGGCAAGCCAGAUCCUCAAGUUCAUUAUCGCAAGAAGAGAAUAAGGUUCACACCAGGUCGGCGUCUCUUAACAGGGCGGUGCUUCAGACCAGCGUCAACUCAUUGGCUCUGUCCGACCAUUCGGACAGUAGGAAGAGGACCAGAACCUCACUGCCAGUCAGCGGAGCAUGCAGCACCGUGUGUCGCACCCCAUUGGUGGGCAGCUUUCACGUAAUGGCCGGCGGCCCCGUGCAUUGUGAGCCAUGUGGCGGCCAUAAAGACGCAACCAACACGUGCACUCCCGUCAACUUAAACAUGGCGCACUUGCAGAAGCGCAGCCUCCAGUGGACAUAAAGCUCGCCGCUCUUUGCAAUCUGUGCGAUUUUCUAAGCUAUGUCACUCCAUACCUAAAGCAAGAGCACCUUUACUUCGGUGAAAAUGCGGAUUUCAUUUGGAGGUGGAACGUUUUGUAACCAGAGGAGUACAACUUCAGAAUUUUAUACUGUAUAUACACACUUUAUUCAUAAGCUUUUUUUUUAUCUUGGUUGGCAAUUUCAAACCUCAACUGAGGUAGAGCUCACUUAAUGUCAUCACUGUCAGCUACAUGAAGACUGUAAAUAUUAACAUUUUAGUCACAUUGGAAAUUUUUUAUUUUGUACCAUAUUCUGUGAUCAUAACCAUCCUAAUGGGACAUUAACUCAUGUAUAUCAUACAUUCUAAUAUAAUCACUUUUUCAUUAAAUAUAUACAGUACAUACCCUG